GAGAUAAUCCCAAAAACCGACAGGAAAGACCAGUGAUGACUAGCUAGCACGUGACGUGAGCUAGGAGACAACUCAUUUAUCAAUUGGUCUAUCAACUUGCUCUGCCAUCUAUCACUCAGAUAAUCAAAAUACACAUUAAGCAUGUGAUUAUCGUAUGAUGUUGACGCACGGCGCAUAUUUGCCUCCAACUUGUGUUGCAUACUCGUAGGUGAAAAAUCAAUUAAAUAACAAGGUGAAAAUACACAAUACAAUCGAUUUUACAUAGUAUUCUCGUUUUGUUAUGAAUCACGGAGAAGGAAUCCCUUCUCAGUUUUCUGUUAUUCCUUUCUUAGUCGGCUCGUCAGUUACAAGCAAAAAUAUAUAACCCUAGUAGUACAUCAAUCAUCUUAGGGUUAUGCGUAGGAGCUGUAGGUGAAAGGUCUAAACAGCCCAUACUCAUGCACGUAUCUUUUACCCCCAGACAAGCGGAGCAUGCAAAUUACAAAUGCCUAGCUUGGAGAGAAGGUAAUGAAAUUGAUAACUGCCAAGCCCUUUAGUGAAGAGGUCGGCCACUUGGUCCUGAGAAGCAAUCUUCGUGGGAAGGAUGGGUCGCCUGGUGACGUGAUCUUGGACAAAGUAACAAUCAAGUUCGACAUGCUUAGUCUGUUCGUGAAAAAAUGGAUUGUUGUCAAUGUGAAGAGCAGCUUGGUUGUUGCAAUGAAGAACCAUGGGACCAGACUAAACAACACCAAGUUUGCGGCGAAGGGCACAAAACCAAAGUACCUCACUAGCAACACUGGCCAUGGCUCGGUACUCAGCCUCGAUUGACGAUAUGGCAACUACAUCUGCUUCUUAGUACGCUAAGAGAUAUGAGCCAUCUCAAAAGUCACAAAGGAUUCGGAAGUAGAACGACGAGUAAGCUGGCAAUAUGCCCAAUCUGCAUCACAGUAAGCGGUCAACUGAAGAUCACCAGUGGGAGGGAGAAGGAUACCCUGACAUGGGGCAUUUUUAGGUAAUACAUGACCUGAUCCGCAACAUCAAUGUGAGUAGGAGAGGGUGAGUUCACAAAACGACUGAGAAUUUUGACUGCAUGAAUAAUAUUUGGUCGCGGGACGGUAAGAUACUGAAGGCGGCCAACCAACCGACGACAGGUCGACUUGUCCAUUGUCCACGGAGAGGGAGUAUCAGUAGGUGGGCGGGUGAGCUGGUGGUUCUAUUCAUGGGUAUACAACACAUACUUAGACUUGCCCCUCACUUCAUUCUUCAUGGUCGGUGACAUGUCUCCAAGACUUGCCCCCAUGUCCACUGCAUUUGACUGGAGACAUGUCCUUCAUACCAUUGUUCAUGGCUGUUGACGUAACCCCCUUGCCACACUUAGCCAUAUUAGUACGCUCACUACAAGCUUGCGUGUUUUGGGCUUGUUGGACCUUCUUGUGUUCAUCUAUCUGCACACUACCCGUGGUUUAGCCAUAUUAGUACGCUCACUGCUUUUGGUACAAUGCUUUCCUUGCUAGCUUGGUAGGUACCCCUUUGGCUCCAUAAUUAACCAACUUUCAUAUUAGUCAAAUUUCACAUCUUGGUAUCAGGCCUGCCUUGCCCUACUUGGUACCCUCUUGGCUCGCUAACAAGCCUGCCUUGUUUCCAUGCUUAGUUUUCUUAAAAUCAAGUUUCAUCCCAAGGGGAAGGAGGCUGCUGAGCAUGGAGGCCAGGGAGACUGGUCGACCACCCUUGUAUGGGAGAGGAAGUUUGGCCACUUAGACCAAAAAAUCCAACACCAUAAGACCAAGCUAGCUCAUUAGAUGAUUAAUAUUGAGCUGAAAUUAUAAAUUCAUUAAAUCCCUUAUAAUUAGUCGAUGUGGUACAAAUUAAAUUUUAUAGGUAAACAAUGAGAUAUGAAAGGGGUGCUAGUAAGGGGCAGAUGAGAUAAAAUUGUUUAUAUUUAUUAAUUUGCACUUUAUUAUUAUUAAUUAUUCAUACUUGUUUGUUUGAUUAUCUGAUAUUAUAUAUUACAUAUGGCACCUAUGUGGCUUAUUCAUUGGCUCCAUAUCAUGACCAGUCAAAUAUAGUUUAACCACCAUA